CCCCCCUAUCUCUCUCUCGGCAGUAGUACCAGCAGUGUACACGCCGAGCACGGGCAAGGCCAUGAGCUCUCCGUUUGCCCGGUCUCCCCUUGCUGCUGCCCCAAAAGGUAGCCGCUGCAUUCUGUAGCCAUCAGACCAAAUUCCUUGUAGAUUCCAAUCAGAGAGAGGAGCAACCACCCGGGCGAGUCUAGGGUUCUACUUACUCGGCUUGGACAGCAGCCAUUGCUCCAGUCUCUCCUGCCCAGCUCACGCUUGGAUGGAUUUUGUUUCUUGACGCAGCGUCGCCGCGUGUCUCUGUGUUUGCCCUUGUUCUUGGCCACACUGCCAAGUUCUCGCUCCCAGUUUCGCACCUGGAUGUGUUUGCCUGGGAGCUGGAGCCCCAACACCAAAUUACCCAGCUCACACUCGCAGUGAUUUUGGUUGGAAUUUUCCCCGCACCGCAGCUUCUUGUGCUCAUUCAUUUGCCGCAAUUUCCCCCUUUUUCUUGGCCCCGAGUUCGGUGCCGAGAAAAAUCCCCAAAAUAUUUCAUCCUUAAUCUUUCAUCUCAACUCCAAGUGCCUUAAACCCUACCCACCUACCUACCGCCACCCACAUUAUCGCUUCGUCUGGCUUCAAGGUUGGAUCUUGCAAUGCGGCUCGUCAUCCUGUGUUUCUGGAUUUGGGCCGCAUCCGGCGCCGCCGCAGUGGCUGGCUCGGACAUGGAAGCGCUGCUGGAGUUCGGCAGGGGCAUCCGGCAAGACCCGUCCCGCCGCCAGGCCGCUCCAUGGAACCCGACCAGUUCGUCGGAUUCCGACGGCUGCCCCGUCGAUUGGCAUGGCGUGCAGUGCAACGGCGGCCAGAUUCUUUCCAUAGCGUUCGAUGGCAUUGGGCUUGUGGGCAACGCCAGCUUGUCGGCGCUCGCAAGGAUGACGAUGCUUCAGAACCUGUCCCUGUCCGGCAACAAAUUGGAAGGGGUCUUGCCCCGUGCGCUGGGGUCUCUUGCUUCCUUGCAGCACCUGGAUCUGUCCAACAACAGAUUCAUUGGCUCCAUUCCGGCAGAAUUGACCAAACUGAGUAACCUGGGACAUCUCAAUCUCUCCUCCAAUGGCUUCGGUGGUGCAUUGCCGGUGGGUUUCAGAAGCCUGAGGAAACUGAAGUACUUGGAUCUCCGUGGCAACGGCUUCGUCGGCAAAUUGGAUGACAUAUUUGCACAGCUGCAGAGCCCGGUCCAUGUUGAUUUCAGCUGCAACCAGUUCUCGGGGUCCCUGGCAUCAAUCUCUGAUAACUCAUCUGUGGCUACCACUCUGCAGUACCUGAAUGUUAGCCAUAAUGUGCUGUCAGGGCCAGUGUUUGCGAGCGAUCCCACGCCUUUGUUCGACAGCCUCGAGGUGUUCGAUACAAGUUACAAUGCGCUUACUGGCAACGUCCCGUCGUUUAACUUCAUGAUCUCCCUCAAGGUGUUGCUUCUGCAGAACAAUAAGUUCUCGGGGUCCAUUCCAGAAGCGCUAUUUCGGGAGACCUCCAUGGUGUUGACUCAACUUGACCUUAGCUGCAACCAGCUCACAGGUCCAAUUAGGCGUGUAACGUCAGUGAAUCUGAAGUACCUGAAUCUGUCAUCCAACAGCCUUCAGGGAACUUUACCAAUCACAUUUGGGAGCUGUUCAGUGGUUGAUUUGAGUAGAAACAUGCUUUCAGGGAACAUAUCAGUUGUCCAUACAUGGGGAGAUUAUGUUGAGAUGAUUGAUUUGAGCUCAAAUAGAUUAACAGGAACUUGGCCCGGUCAGACUACCCAAUUUUUGAGGCUGACUUCAUUGAGGAUUUCUAAUAACUUGCUAGCAGGAGAAUUGCCAACUGUUCUCGGAACCUAUCCUGAGUUGAUUGCCAUAGAUCUUAGCCUCAAUCAGUUCCAUGGAGCUUUACCUAAAAAUCUCUUUACAGCAGCUAAGCUGACCUAUCUUAAUCUUUCAGGAAACAAUUUCGCAGGAACUCUGCCUCUUCCCAGUUCUGAAACCAACAAUUCAACUACUGUAGACCUGUCAGUUUUUCCUGUACAGACUUCAAACCUUUCAUUUCUUGAUCUUUCAAACAAUUCUUUUGGUGGUCCACUGCCUUCGGGCAUCGGUCGUUUGAGUGGAUUGGUGUUGUUGGAUCUCUGCCUGAACAACUUUACUGGGCAAAUCCCAACAUCAAUCACCAAGCUAAAGCAUUUACUGCACAUUGACUUGUCAAGCAACCAUUUCGAUGGUAGCAUACCUGAUGGCCUCCCAGACGAUCUUGUAGAGUUCAAUGUAUCAUACAACAAUUUCUCUGGCCCCGUUCCGAGCAGUUUGCUAAAAUUUCCUGAUUCAUCUUUCCAUCCAGGGAAUGAACUACUUGUUCUUCCCCGCUCUGGGUCACCAAAUAGUCCUGAAGGAUCAGGUGGGAGGAAACAUGGUAUGAAGCGUGGAAUUCUGUAUGCAUUGAUUGCAUGUGUUAUUGUCUUUGUUACCGGGAUCAUUGUCCUUUUACUUGUCCAUUGGAAGAUCUCUAACUGGAAGAGCAGCGAAAAAGGUAAGGGCCAACAUAAGAAUUCUGUAAAUCAAGGACAGGGUGCUCCUCAGAGACGUGCAGAAAUUCCAAGUUCUGAAAUCCACGAUGUGUCGCUAGGAUCAUCACCGUCUGCAGAGUAUGGAGGCAUUUCCGUGCCCCGUGGUGGCAUGGAAGGACAGCAUGAAGCACAAUGUGUGGAUCAGCCAACUGGUAGCAUUUCUAGCCUUAAAGAUAGCUCAGCGUCUUCUAUGCCUUCAUUGAUAUCAUCACCUUCUGAUGUGCGCUCACACCACCAUCACUCCAUCUUGAGAGUGCACUCUCCCGACAAACUGGUCGGGGACUUGCAUCUUUUCGACAAUUCUGUGUUGUUUACAGCGGAAGAGCUCUCUCGUGCUCCGGCAGAGAUGAUCGGCCGGAGCUGUCACGGGACAUCCUACAAGGCUACUCUUGACAAUGGAUAUGUGCUGACAGUGAAGUGGCUGAAGGAGGGGUUUGCUAAGAGCAAGAAAGAGUUUUCCCGUGAGAUAAAGAAGCUCGGCAGCGUCAAACAUCCCAGUCUAGUCUCACUGCGAGGCUACUACUGGGGCCCCAAAGAGCACGAGAGGAUCAUCAUAUCAGACUAUGUAGAUGCCACAUCUCUGUCUACCUACCUGUCUGAGAUUGAAGAGCGGGAUCUUGCACCUCUGUCGGUGGGCCAGCGGCUUGACAUCGCGAUCAGCAUUGCCCACUGUCUAGAUUACCUGCACAAUGAGCGGGUGAUCCCACAUGGCAACCUCAAGUCGUCCAACGUCCUGCUUCAGGACUCGAGCCCGUCUGCUCUGGUAACUGACUACAGCCUUCACAGGCUGAUGACUCCGGUGGGCAUGGCUGAGCAGGUCCUGAAUGCAGGGGCCCUUGGGUACUCCCCUCCAGAGUUUGCGAGCACCAGCAAGCCAUGCCCGUCUCUGAAGAGCGACGUGUAUGCCUUUGGCGUCAUCCUGCUUGAGCUUCUGACAGGGAGGAUCGCGGGGGAGAUCAUUUGUGUGAGCGAUGGCGCGGUCGACCUGACGGACUGGGUGAGGAUGCUGGCAAGGGAGGAGCGUGCUUCCGAGUGCUUCGACGGGCGCAUUGUUGAAACUGAAAGCUCAGGGGGCGCAUCUAACAAGCUGGAGGACAUGCUGCACAUCGCCAUCCGGUGUAUCCGGUCCGCAUCGGAGAGGCCGGAGAUACGGACGGUGUUCGAGGACCUCUCGUCCCUGUUGUCGUCGUCGUCGUGACGGGGAGCGGGAGUGGCGUACAUCUCGUACUCACAUCAGGUUCUCGAGACUCUGGAGGGAGCAGGGUAUACUAACAGGGUGUUAGGUUUUUUUUGGCUAUGUGUGUAGUCUCUUUUGAGCAUUUCAUUGGUUGGGUUCCUCUUCCUGGGAAGCGUUCAUACAUUUUUUUAGUUAUUAUUAGUUCACAAUUGUAGCACUAGAUGACUUGUGUGAGAAUGUGUUUGUGCAUUGCGAUUCUGAACAUGUGAUAGGAAAUAAGAAGGUUGCAUUGAUUCGUUGUUCUUU